UCUUUCAACAAUGUUCUGCUGUUUUCCUGUGCCCCCAUUUGAAGAAGACAAGCCGCUGAUUAUCGACAUAAAGAAAAUAUUCAGCGACAGAGCAUGGUCCAGCUUCAGCUCCACAUUUAGCUUCUGCCAGCGGAAGUUCCUGGACCGGAAGAAGUUCAUCAUAGAGGUGCCGGAGAACUAUUUCUCGUUUGAGACCAUCAGCCAAAGCCAGAAGUCCAACAUGAAGAUCACGGGCAAAAAGAAAGCGAAGACGGCCGAUGGUGGAGACGUGGGGGAAGCUCCAAAGAAGAAGGGCAGUAGGAAAGAAAAAAGCGCCGAAAACUUGUCCUUGAACACGGUGUUUAAAAAUAGCACAGCUGAGAGCCAGACGUACAGGUUCCGGUUUGAGAAGACUAGACGGACCGAGGUCAGCGUGACAUUCCAGAAAGGUUUCACGAUUGGAGGCAAGGCAAACUUCAGCAUAGGCAUCCCUUAUGGCAGUGACAGCAAGGCCGAGUUGGCCAUCGAGACCAGCUAUCAGGUAUCAAAAUCGGAAGGUCAAACUUUCGAGGAAACAAUUCUCAUGGAGGCUACAAGUGACAUCACAGUGGGCCCAAACAGCUGCUACACAGCUAAUGUCGAACUGGAUGAGAAAUCUUUAUACGCAGAGUUUAAAGUUGUCACCCGUAUGACGAUACCACAAGGCAAAGCCCCUAUUUACAUCAAAAAGAAAUCAGACGGCGAACAGGUUUACGUUUACAAUAUUAAAAACUUACAUGACGAGUUUGAAAACUUUGAGUCUGUUCAAACUAAGGAUUUGAAAGAAACGGAAAUAGACUUUGUGACGGAAGGUAUCAUAAAAGGAGUGAUUGCUUGCAAUCAUAAGAUUGUGUUGACUAGCGACGAGUCUGAUGAUAUGAAAAAACAGGCUCAAAUCAACCGACAUUUAUACGAAGAUGAGCGAAGAAUUGAACGACGAUAGUUUUUUUUUUUUUUCAAAUGCUUAAUAGAUCUAGAUCUACAUAUAAUUGUAAAAUUAUAGGCUGAUAGUAGGUCCUAGAUAGCCCUAGAGUAAUGGGAAUAGGACUGAAGUUAGAAGUUUUGAAAAAAUAAACCGGGGAAAUGUUCAAAACACAAAACAUGCCAGAUUUUUUUUUAAAUAACGACGUCCAACUCCUUGGGGGGGGGGGGGGGGGG